CGGUCUCUUCCCCCAUCCGAGUCUAGAAGCUUCUGGAAGACAGUUGGCAAGUUCUCUUCUCGCGUCAUGGGCAACCGCCUCUCCCCGUGCUUGAGCACCCCGGCCACGGCCCCCGCGGCGGUGAGGCUGGUGUACUGGGGCGGGCGGACGCGGGUGCUGCUCGUCAACGAAGAGGAGGACGACAGCCUCGACGGCGAGGGGUGCUCCACGGCGGGGGACGUGGCGGCCGAGCUGCUCCCGGCCGGCGCCCACGUCGUGUGCCCGUCCGACAGCUUCUUCGUCGGCCUGCCCAUCCCGAUCACGCCGCCUGCCGAGCGGCUCCUGCCGGGGCGCACCUACUUCGUCCUCCCCGCCGCGCGCUUUCCCUCCUGCGACGGCAAGGCGCCGGUGCUCACCGCCGCCACGAUCGCCGCGCUGUCGGCCGCGCCGGGGGGCAAGAAGCGGGUGUCCCUCGCCGGCCCCGGCGAGUGCCCGUUCGAGUAUGUCAAGGGCGGCGAGGACGGCGCCGCGCCGCUCAUCAGGGUCCUCCCGGAGUUCAUCGAGAAGGUGAUCACCUGCUGCGGUGCCAGUGACGGCGCUGUCCGGCGCGGCAAGUGCGGCGUCGCGGCUGCUGCGGCAUCGGCGACGGAGCUGUGCAGCACGCCCGAGCUCAAGAGGCACUACGCGCAGCUCGUCGGGCCGAGGACCAGGACCUGGUCGCCCAGGCUGGAGACCAUAUCGGAGCGCGGCAAGAGGCGGAUGUUCCUGUCGCCGGCCAGGCUGAACUAAUUAAUUGAUGUAAAUAGAUGUUCAUUCAGAUUAACGGUAGGUAGAGCUAAGAGAUCAAUAAAUAGUUAGAAAGGAUCAGGGAUAAAUUCCGAACACAAAUGUACAAAGAUUUUCUGAAACUGAGAUUAUUGUUUAUACAGUAAUGUGGCAAGUAUAAUUUUCAGUA